UCCAGUCAUAUUGUAAUCGCCUUGACGGACACAAGUUGGCGAAUAUCGCACGUUACUAAAAAGUGCUAGCAAAAUUUAGUGACUAAAAUAACGUAGAAUUAUAUUUUUUCUUUUGACAUUAAAAUAUUAAGACUCUAUAAAUUAAUUUACAAUAAAACGUGCCCUAAGUGACUUUCUGUACAACUAUAAAGUGUAUUGUGAUUUGUGUAGUGAAUAUACACGUGUGUUGAAAUAUAAACAAAUUGAGCCUUAACAUUCAACAAUCAUUAUACUCGCGUUAAAAUAAUAAGAUUUCAACGAUUUCUUCAAUCACGUUAAAAGGUGUAUUAGAACUUCUAAUUCAAUUAUCUUAUCAGGUAAUUGAUCACAGGAAACUAUUCACAUUAUCUACAAUCAGUAAGGGCUAACCGUGAUUAGCUUGCCUUGAUUUUAAAUUGUUGACGCAGAUUUACUUUAAAUAUAGAUAAAUGUACGCGUCUAUAAUCCAGUGACUAUAAUCGCAUGAUUGAUCAAAGUUCAGUUCCAAACCAUCAGACAUCCAUUGAUGUCUGAAGACAAUGGACACCAAUCGGGACACUGUUUACGAAAAUCGAAAAAUCGUUGAGAGAGAAGAGAAAGUUAAAAGCAGAGGUUGCUGGAAUAAAUUCAAAAGUUUAUUCGAUGCAAGGGGAUUCGAUUUAGCUUAUGAAUAUACUGAUUCAAACUCUGUGACGAGUUAUAGACCAGUUGAUGGAAAAGCCGCCGCAGCUAAUACAGGUAGAAAGUCUAUAAGCAAUAGUGAAGCGAGUAGUGUUGAUGAUGAUUCGAAUAAUUUCUAUGAACAGUUUGCUAAUUAUGGCGAUGAUGCAAAAAAUGAUGUAGAUCUGUUCAGAAGAUCUUCGGCUUUUAAACGUGUAUCAAUGCGGCCUAGUCUGUAUUUGACUAACAUAAUUGAAGAGACGUCUAGCAGCGGAGAAGUGGAGGUUCAUGAAGAGGAGGAGAACAGGUCGCCGCCGCCUGCGCACGUCCCUUCUGCCCUCCUCUAUGCACCUCCGGAACCGCUAGAGUUGUUAUGCGUUUUCCCGGAGCGAGCGUCGCGCGUUUGCGCAGCCGCGUGCGCAGCGGCUACACGCGCGGGCGGCGAAGCGCGGUCCGUGCGAAGCGCGCGCGAGGCGAUAGAUGCCCUGCGACGCGACGGAGACGCGCGGAUACCACACGUUGUGGUGGUGGACGCGCGAACCCCGCAAUCGCUUGACGCUUUGCUACUUGCUAGGGCGAUGCGAGGAACAAAGAACACUCAACACUUAAUUCUCAUAGCAGUUGUGAAGAAAAGUGCUUACCUCAAGGAGGACUUUGCUGUGUUGCCCUAUUUAGAGGCCGGUUACAACAGGGUAAUGGUUGAGACUUUGGGAGCGACCGCGUGGUGUGGUGAAAUGUUGCAAGCGCGCGCAGCGGCCGCGUCUGCACGCGCGCAGAUCUCCGCCAUCGCCGCGUUAGCCGCUGCCACCGACCGCUCCAGGGAUCUCGUGGCCGUUACUGAUGAUCAGCAGAGGAUACUUCUGACCAACAAGUCCUGGUGCCGAGUGCUCGGUUGGCGCGGUGAGGAAGGCCCUAAGCCGUUGAUGGAGACCGCCGGUGGCGAAGCCCUACGAUUGGCGACCACUGGCGUACGAGAUUGGGAGGCACCCGUCACGCUGCGACGAAGGGCCGCUCCGGACCCCAUAUUAUUGCCUUGUAGAGGUGCUACGGUAGCUCUUUCAAGGAGCACAUCCCACAUAGUGUUCGUCUGCGAGCACACCAACGUGGUGGAAGGCGAGAGAGCCCGUGGGUCCCUGCACUCCAUCAGGCGAGGGUCGCUGGACGUCCGCUCGGUGGCGUCAGAUGGUCUGCGACGGACUUCGCUAGCGAAACUGCAGGGUCUGCCAUUGGAGGCUCCGAUAACCAAGGUCAUAGCCCUCCUGUCAGCGGCUACGGAAGGCGCGCCACCGUCGACCGUGGCGUGCAUAGAGCGCGCAGUCGACAUGCUGAGAACGUCGGAACUGUACUCGCCGCAGAUGAAGGACGAGCCCAAACUGAGGGUGGAAGACCCGAUCGCGACCGACCUCAUUGGCGCACUCCUGUCUGUGAGUCAGGGGCCAACCAACGUGCUGUCGUCUCGAAGGAGUAGCAACGACUCCACCGUGGUCCGCUCACAGACCAACAGGGCGAAUAUCAAACACAAGGCAUCAGGCCAAGUUCGCGAGCUCCUCGACACAGCUCUGAGCUGGGACUUCGAGAUCUUCCGCCUGGAGGAGCUCACACGAAACAGGCCGCUUGCGCACCUUGGACUGACCCUCAUGGGGGGCAGGUUCGAUGUCUGCGGCACCCUGGAGUGCGAUGAACGGACUCUGCUGCACUGGCUGACUGCUAUAGAAUCAAACUACCAUUCCACCAACACGUACCACAAUUCGACGCAUGCUGCUGAUGUGCUUCAGGCCGUAGCAUACUUCCUCGAGAAGGAGCGCCUGAAGUCCCUCCUGGAGCCCCUGGAGGCGGCGGCGGCGCUCAUCUCCGCGGCCGCCCACGACAUCGACCACCCCGGGACGUCCUCCGCCUUCCUCUGCAACUCGCGGCACCCACUGGCCAUCCUGUACAAUGACGUCAGCGUCUUGGAGUCACACCACGCCGCUCUCACCUUUAAGAUUACUCUCAAUGAUGAGCGCGUGAACAUAUUCAAGAAUCUCGACCGCGAUACUUUCAAGUCGAUGAGGCACAACGUCAUCGACAUGAUCCUAGCCACGGAGAUGACCAAGCAUUACGAGCAUCUCGCCAAGUUCGUCAACGUCUUCUACGCCACAUCCACUGGCAGUAAAGAAGACGGCAUGCAGACUGAGGAACCUUUGGCGUUGGACACAACAGCGUUGUCGCAGCCAGAGAACAUGGUGUUGGUGAAGAGGAUGAUGAUUAAGUGUGCUGACGUGUCCAACGCAUCUAGGCCACAAAAAUUCGCUUUUGAAUGGGCAAGAAGGAUCGCAGAGGAAUACUUCCUUCAGACGGACGAGGAGAAAGCCAAAGACUUGCCGGUGGUGAUGCCGAUGUUCGACCGCGCCACCUGCUCCAUCCCGCGCUCGCAGCUCGGCUUCAUCGACUACAUCAUCAUCAACAUGAUGGAAGCUUGGGCUGCGUUCAUCGACAUGCCGGAGCUGGUGUCGCACGCGCGCACCAACCACGCGCGCUGGCGCGAGCUGGACGAGGCGGGCGUGUGCUCCGUGGGCGACGUGCUGCGCGCGCAGCGCCUGCUGCAGCCGCUCACCGCCGCCGCCACCGCCGCCACCGCGCAGCCCACCGCCGAGGAGUAACCGGGGAGCAGUACUGCCGUGGUAUAACUAAAAUGCCGUUAUCUGACAUCAGGAUUUUCACCUUUUUUACCAGUAGAAUAAGAAAAAAAAAUCUCUUUCGAUCUAUAUAUACGACUUUUUGGUACCUUUAAGUCAUAAAUAGGCGUUCUCAUUGAAGAAUGGCAUCAGUUUAAAUUUUUAUCGCAUUUUUGACGUUUUACUUAAAACAAGGAUUUGGCAGAUAACGGCAUUUUAGUUAUACCAAGGCAGAGUAGCAGGUAAACGCGUCACCCAUUUGGCGGGAAAAUGUAACAGUGACGACAUUGACGUAAGACGUGCGCGCGCAGCGGCAGUUACAACCUGCCAGUACUGAAAAACACAGCUGAGGGAUGAAUGGAAGAAGAUGGAAACCGUUUUUAGGUUAUAACGUCGCCAAUUUGGCGGGAAGAAACGUGCGAAAAAGAACUUUUUAAUUUGAACUUGAUCAGAUGACAGCAUUGCUAAGAUCAUGCACGCGCACUGACGCUGUCUAAAAAACAUCAAGAUACUGCAUCCAACGAUGAUAAAACAUGUGCGUAAUACGAAAAAGCCUUCGAAAAAAUGCCGUAUCGCUCGCACAGACGCUGAUUCUAAGAUUGAGGCGCUCCAUGUGGACGUAAUUCACUUAAGUGGAGAUCAGCUCUAGCAGAUAUCACAAAUAACUCUAUAAACAGUAUGAAUUAAGUACAGAUCUUGUUCAAUGUUUUACUACAGAUCAUUGGAACUCGGUUACUACUUGUGAACUAACUUUGUAAACGGUCUGCAAAGUUAAGCUUUGGCGUAAAAUUGUAAGUCUUCCCAAAUACAUAGACUCAACUUGUCUUGAAUAUUUGGAUUUAAAAGUUUGGAUCUUGUAAGAAAAAGGUCUAUAUUGUAAGACGUAAAAAUAUCAAAAAUAUUGUGGUUGAUCUUUAUAUCUACCUACUUUAGCAGUCAGUAUAUGUUAAAGUUAUACGAUAUUAUAGAUGCUCAUACCUUUUAAAAUACAGGGCAGAAUUUAAUACAGUAGGUGCUAACUCAUAUCUAAAUUUUUUUUUUUUUUUUAUACGGGACAAAAUAUCUACAAUUAAACAAAAUAUAGACAUAUCUAAAAUUGUUUGAAAUCAUGAGCAGAAUAUGUCAACUGCUUGAAAUAAUAAAUCCUUUCAUCUUUUGAUACUUUGGUAUUCUCAUGUUGAUUGGGCAUCACUUACAGUAUUUACUCAUUCCUUCCAUUUCCCAUUAUCUUUAAUUUACGUCUUUGAUUUACCUACUUUACUUAAUCAUAUACAAAGUUUUUAGAUUAUUUUAAAUUCUACCCUCGUAUUUAAGGCUAUUCAUCUGAUAUGGCUUAAUCUGCCAAAGCACAAAAACGGACGGAACUAGACGAAUCGUUAUUGUUACGGCUGGUGUAUGAAUGUGAUUUUAUAUAGGAAUAGACUAGUAGGAAUUCAUCAUGCGAGAAUUUGGUGCCUAUAUCAAAGUGUCAAAGAACGGUUAUUGAAUAACUAGUGAAAUUGGGAAUUUCGAAUUCUGAUUGUGAACUGGAUAUGGUAGGUAGAACGGCGGGAUCAAGGGAGCCAAGACUUGAACCUUGUAUGUCAACGUUAAAAGUCUGAAACGGAUCACUGGCACGCUCGAUGCCUAACGGAUGUGUCCGAAAAUACGCUUAUUUUAUACUUAUUAUAUCCGUGUUAGUAUAGAUAUCAUGAGAAUCAUACUGAUAUCUACAUUUUUAAGUACUAGUAUUUUAUUAAUAUUUAGAGUAUAUUGUAUCAAAUGUUUACUAUACAUGUAUCAUAUUUGGAAUUUCAUUGAUAUGUAGACAACUGGCGUUAUCCUGUAUCUUACGAAGGAAAUGUAACAGUUGUCGUGUAACACGGGUAGGUAUCUUAGUUUGUUGUCUAAUAUUUUAAUAUGUACAAUGAAAUCCGUGAUAUAAGUGCCAUAUAACACUUAUUGGCACAAUAUAAUCCAUUCAGUAGUUUUAAGAGUGAAGUAAACAGCAUUUCUCAUGCGAAUCAUGACAACAUGGUUUCACAACACCUUUAAGUUUGUUAUAUUUCUAUACUAUUGUCAGUUUUCAUCACCUAUGUGCAUGGUAAAUGUCUGCCAAAACUUUCUACUGUUUACUUAUAUAUUACCUUUAAAAUUAAAAAAAUUGGUCCAUUUUACACUUGAGCUUUCGAAGAUUCCUAUUUUUAUACUAAACUUUUUGUAGUGUACCGACUCUUUCGGCCUCAUAUCAAAAUUCCAGUCUAACUUAUUUUAUACUAUACCUUGGAUUUGGAACAGAUAAACUACAUUUUUAAAUUUUUAUUUCAUUCCUGAUGGAUUAUGGUGUUUAAAUAUUUUAUAUUUAAUUAUAAAAUAAAUGUUGACGUUAUUUAUGAUAAAAAUGAUAUAUUAGGUCACCUGAAUAUUUCUAAAUAUAAUUUAUUAUAUUCGAAUAAGGUGUAACGUAUUUUUAAUGAUAGGCAAUUACUAAAAUAUAUAUUCGUCUUUAUGACGCUGGUAUGAUAAGUUAACUUUAUCCCGUAGUUAAUUAAAUAUUGAUAUAGUAUGAUUACGCUUCCUUGUGCUCAAUGUUGAUACAAACGGUCUAAAGUUAUAUAUUCUUCUGUAAUUAUAAACUGUUUAGUACCUAUUAUACAUUAUAUGAAAUUUUGCUACCGCUAAAAUAUAUCUAUUAUAAGUGACAGUGUUCAAUCUCAUGAUAAAAUAGUAUGAAAUUACCAAAACGUACUUUUACGGCUACUAACACUGAUUCUAAUUAGUUAGAUAAAUUAAAAUUAUUAAUUUUAUAGUUAGCUCAAUUUGUGUCAACGGAUGUUGGUGAAAAUUCAGAAAAAAAACAAUGUGUGAAAGUUACGGCGAGGCCACAUCUGCUUUACUAAUUGAAUGUUUAUUUAUGUUAAAAGUAAUCAGUAAGUUCUUAAAUGUUUGCGAGUAACCUAUCUUGUAAGGUUGAGGGGGCUGGACCCCAUAUUUAACUGCGGAUAUGACUGUUGUGAUUUUUUAAGCGGAGGCAUGCGUUACUGUAAUAAUUAUUAAUGUAUUUAUUAUAAUCACUUCCUAAACAGACGCAUCGCUUUAAUAUCGCGACUUGUGUUAACUGUAACUUAAACCUGAAAACUGUGCAUCUUCUUCAUUACGUCAAAUAAUCCGUUAUUAAAGCGAUGUUAUUUUUUGCAAAUAAAAUGAACUAUUGAAAACAUAAUGCUUAAGAUUUAAUUCCAUCAUCAAUUUGAUCUGAUAAAUACUAAAAUAUUAUAUCCUUGUGUUUAUAUCUAUUAUAUGAAACACUGUUCUCAACGCAUACCGUGUUGUGGUGGAAUUACAACUUAUUUAAAUUAACUGAAUGGUCGUAUGAAAUGAUUGAAGUUGUUAAGUGUUGUAAAUAAAGAAAUAA